GUGGCACCACAUUUAGUUAUUUUGUAAAUGUGAGGUGUGCCUGUUGGUGUAUAUUUAUAACUUCAUUAGGAAAAAAGAAAGAGAAACGCCUCCUAACAUACCGCCUUCAUCUGUACCUGAGCUUAUUUAACAGCUUUUGGGAGCCUGAAGUACUGCACUUGCACUUGCAUCCUGCUCGCAUAUGAAUCAUUUUAAAAUGACAAAACAUUCAUUUAUUGUGUUCUUCUCAAUCCACCUGUGCAUCCUGGUGUGUUUGAGCAUCACACAGCACCACGGACCCUGGAGACACAGGGUUAAGUGGGAAACUAAUGGACAGGUUUACAGUUUACUGAGCACCGGUUCUCAGUAUCUCACACCUUUUUCUGCAAAACGGAACGCGAGGUUUUUACUGACAAGACAAAUGCCAAUAUUCUCGAGCAGGAUUUUCAUGGGACAUCUUGCAAAUACUAAGAUACACAGAGUUGGGCAUGUGGUGCAUUCAAACUCUGUGCCAGAGGACAGUCUUGGUACGGAUGCAAGACCCUACAUGAUGUCUGGUUACACAUCUCACGUGAGGAUUAAUAACCAGAUGCCUUUGCAUGCACCAGCACUUUCUUCUGAAGAAGCACUGCGUCCCCAGUCCAUCCAAUAUGGGACAACACCAACUGGCGCAACUACACUGGAAGCUUCAAGGAGUUCAAGACGCCAUCAUUUCGUUACCAGCACACCAGUGCCAAAACGAGCAUCAGCUACUGGAAAACCACCCACUAUCAGUUCUGAGCAGAAUCCACUUCCUCAACUUUCCACUUUGACUGGGGGUAAAACUGCUAACAAAUCUAAACUUUCGACAAGAACCAGUCCAGCUGCACCUCCAGCAACUGUUAACAACAGAACUAGAGUAAAUCCUCCUCUCCAGGCUGAGGGAAGAAGACGAGGUGACGGUAUGACUGGCGGUGAACUAGUGAAUCCUCAAAUAAACUCUUUUCACUAUAACCUGCUCCCGCAUGGACGUGUCGAUCGAUCUCCUCAGAGAGAAACGGGUCAUGGUACAAGCUAUUUUCAUAACGGUCUGCCUGAUCUCAUUCCCGAUCCAUACUAUAUCCAAGCAGCAUCUUAUAUCCAGAGAGUUCAGAUGUACACAUUAAGAUGUGCUGCCGAAGAGAACUGCCUCUCCAGUUCGGCGUACAGCUCAAGAGUGAGGGACCUUGAUUACAGAGUGCUUCUCAGAUUUCCUCAAAGGGUCAAAAAUCAAGGCACAGCAGACUUUCUCCCGGUGAAACCACAUCAUCAGUGGGAAUGGCACAGCUGCCAUCAACAUUAUCACAGCAUGGAUGCCUUCAGCAAUUACGACCUCCUGGACGCCUCCACGGGCAGAACGGUGGCCGAGGGACAUAAAGCCAGUUUCUGUCUGGAGGACACCAGCUGUGAUCCAGGUGUGAGGAGAAGAUACGCCUGCACAGCUCACACACAGGGAUUGGGCCCAGGCUGCUAUGACACCUACCAUGCCAACAUCGACUGUCAGUGGAUUGAUAUUACAGAUGUUUCUCCUGGAGAUUAUAUUCUAAAGGUAACCGUGAACCCAGGUUUCCAGGUGCAGGAGUCUGAUUUCUCCAAUAAUGUUGUUAGAUGUGACAUCAGAUACACUGGGUCAUAUGUCCAAGCAUAUAACUGCAGAAUCACAGGGUGA